AUUAAUUGGUGUCAGACUGGUAGCGUAACCUUUGCUUGGUAUGGCAACUGUAUCUGUUUCAUUCGCACGCGUGUAAAUGACGCAUCUCCGUCUCACUGCGUGGCGUCACUUUUGAUGGCAGCUCCUUUUUUUAAUUACAGUAGGUGGCCAAAUUAUUAUAUUCAUCAUGAUUUUUUGAUGUUCAUUCGAAGUAUUCCACAUUUUCGGUAAUUCACUGGUCUUUAUUUUUCUUCUUUCGGUUAUUUUCUGUUACUACGGACUUACUUCUAUAUUUUGUGAUAUAAUAACAUUUGUAUUCAUUAAAAAUUUUGACAUGGCAACACCAUAAAUCUCGGACAUCACGUCGGCCAUUUCUUUCCGGCGUUUGGCGCGUGUAACACAAAGUUAGAAAAGGGUGUUUUAAAAUUUUUUUUGCUGUGAAAUCUUUUGAUUCAAGGUAAUAUGUCAUAUUUCUAUUAUUAUUAAUUAUAAAUAGUGGAUAUCAAUUUUUUUUUUGUAUUGUUACUUGGUUUUUUAUGUUGUUUUGUCAUUCUAACAUCAAAUAUCGAUUAUUUUAGCCAUGGGAAAGUGUUCCGACAUUUUACCCAAGAAAAGAUCGGAAAUAAAGACGCUUUUGUAUCAUACAAAUCACUCACAACGAAAAAUUGCUGAAUUAGCAGGCGUUUCACAGUCCACAGUUAGAAAUAUAAAGAGAGUGACAGACGAAAACAAAUCUUUAUCACCAAAACGUGCUGGCAAAUGUGGAAGAAAACGCCUUACGACGCCUCGUACAGAGAGGGAAAUAAGGCGUGUUACUAUAGAGAAUCGCAGAAAGCCCCGAAAAGUUAUUAAAGCUUUGUUAGAUGACGCUGGCGUAACAUUGUCUGACAGAACGUUAAGGCGAAGACUUAAGGAGCUGAAUUUCAAUUGUUGCCGCCCUUUGAAAAAGCCUAAGUUGACUAAGACGAUGCGUGCUAAACGAUUGGCAUUUGCUAAAAUGUAUAAACUGGACUGUGAAAGACUGGGAGAAGGUCUGCUUUUCCGAUGAAUCGUCAAUUCAAAUUCUCCAGGACAAUUCCCAGUUUGUUCGUCGCAGGCCAAAUGAAAAAUAUGAUGAAAGUUGUGUUGUGGAACGAAUUAAACAUCCUUUGUCCGUCAUGAUAUGGAGCGUGAUUAGUUCAAAAGGGAAUGGUCGACUAUAUUUAGUUGAGGGAACUAUGCGUCAAGACCAAUACCUACGAGUUUUAGAAACUCGUCUUUUUCCCCAGAUGGCCGAAUGGUAUCCGGACGGCGACUGUAUAUUCAUGCAGGACUCAGCACCUUGCCAUAAGGCCAAAAAAGUCAUGAAAUUUUUAAAUGAUAAUAAAAUAACUAUUUUGGACUGGCCUGGAAAUUCGCCAGAUUUAAACCCGAUAGAAAAUGUCUGGGCUGCUCUUAAAAAAGAAAUUUCUAAGGAAAAGGUCAUAACUACGAAAGUAGAAUUGAUAGAAAAAAUAAUAAAAGCAUGGUACAAUACACCAUCACUGCAAGAAAUUGCAUCCAAUUGCAUUUCUAGUAUGCCGCGCCGCCUACAAGACGUUAUUGCCCAGAAAGGAGGUUUCAUAAAGUAUUAAAUAAAAAAAAACAUAUUAUUAAAUAUAUAGCCUUUUUCGCACAUUAUAGUUUUUAUUUAUAUUAUUUAACCCAUAAACUAAUAUAAUUGACAAUAAAUAUUGUUUAAACUAGACAUGAUUAUAGAUAAAACACAUAACAAGCACGAAAAACAAUUUUUUUUUUCAAAUGAGUAUAAUAAUUUGGCCACCUACU